AAAGACUCAGCCUGGAUGGUGGGCAGGCACCGUGGGCCAUGGAACCCAUAGCAGGGCCUGUGCUCUACCAGAAGCUGCUGGUCUGGGAACCAAGCUUGGAGUCUGAGGAGGAAGAGGGUGAGAUAUCAGAGCAGCUCAUUCCACAUCCCUCGGGGCCCCAGGACUCCUCUGGGAACAAGGCUGGCAGUCUGCCCGGGGCCUGGGCCCAGCUGGUGGCUGCCCUGCUGCUGGUGGCCGUUGGCUUCUCCCUGGCCGUGAGGCAACUCCGCAGAGGUGCCUCUCCAGGAACCUUGGGCUCUGGGGCCCCUCCAGCCAGUGGGCGCCCCCACAGGCCUGGCGUGCACCACCGUGGCAGCAGCAUCAGCCGUACAGGCCCCCACGUGCUCCCACCUGGGUCGAGAGCUGUUUGCUGCCGGGGCAACGUCGUGGAUGCUGGACUUGGAGCAGCUUUGUGUCUGGCGGUGGUGCAUCCUCAUGCCACAGGACUAGGUCACUGCCGUCAGCCCCGGGAGCAGUGUCCUGGCCACCGUGGACAGCAGCGGCUCUGUGCUCCUUACCUCCUCGCUCAACAGUUCCUUCAGCUCUGGACGCCUGUCCCCAAGUGCCGGGGUUCUACUCAGCAAGCUGGUGGCCGAGUCUGCAAACAGUGCCUGGGCCUGUCCCCUCAUCCUUCUUGACAGCUCAGAUGACACAG